AUGAUCUUAAUUGAAAUGAUGUGUGACCUAUGCGAUUUUACCCUUUUAUUACAGUCUACACCCAGUCUUAUUAUUUCAUUAUUUGGUCUUCUAGUUACAGGAAAAUUGCUUGAAAAUGUUGUUGAAACUACAGGCAUGCAAAAAUUUCCCAUUUUAUUGCAGUCAAAUUGUAUUUUAAAUUUUAAAGGGAAUGUUGAACUUUUGUAUGCACUGUAUUUAUCUUCAUUAAGACAAAAUGAUUGUGUUACUUAUGAAAAAUAUCUUAGAUAUGUAUUUGAUAAUGGAAACCUUGUGCUUUUACAAUCAAUUACAAUUGGCAUUACAAUAGGAAUAAUAGGUAUUGCUAGAUCAAUACUAGUAGGAAUAUUUGAGUUAAAAUUAUUAACUACUAUUUUAACAACUUCUUUAGUAACUUGUACAAUAACUACAUUAAUAUUUAUUCUAUUGUUGUAUCUAACAAUCGAAUUUUCUAAAUGGAUGUCUAUUAGUCCAGAUAAUGUAAUUUUACCUACUUUAGGAUCUUUAUCAGAUUUUCUUAGUAUUAGAUUUUUAAUCCUUUUUACAGAUUAUUUUAAACAUUUUUCUAUUUAUAUUUUGUCUCUAACUAUUCUUAGCUGUUUAUGCAUUAUUCCGUUUUGUAUUUUUUUUGUAUGUGCUAGCAAAAAAAGGAUGCCAAUACAAUCUGUAAGUAUUUUGGCCUUUACAUACAUUUUAAGUACAUUUGGUGGAUAUAUUCUUGAUAAAAUGUCUAUAAAAUACACAUUUGUUGCCUCUUCUUUCCCAGUAUAUUCAGGUUUAGCUGUCUCUAUAUCAUUUAUUUAUCUUCAUAAGAUAUUUACAUCAGUAAGUAACCGUACAGAACAUAACUCGAAAUUGUCUUAUUUAACUUUGAUAAUAACAUCAUUUUUAAUGAUUGUAUUCUACAUUUUGUUAUCAUCAAUUUUUGACUUAAAAAGAUCUUUAAUGUUUUAUGCACUUUUUAUUUUAUUUUUUAUUUUUCAAGUGAUGUUGUUGCUAAAAUUAAUAGAAAUGUUAGCUAAAUUUUUACAGUGUUAUGAUGGAGACAUUGGUAUUAUAUCAUUGCCAAUAGUGACUGCAGUUGGAGAUGUAACAAGUACAACACUUCUAAUGUUAUUAGCUAAUAUUAAAGAUAAUUGA